AUGGCGUGCUCAGUAGAUGGGCGGCGAUCUCAGCGCCCAUCACACUCUCUGGGUCCCACACCUGUCAGAACCCCGAGGGCGCCCGGGCGUGGCGAGGUUGGGGAAGUGGCGCGGGAAGAGAAAGAGACACAGGUGGCUGAGGACACCGAGAGACCUGGGAAUCUCAGGGAGGACGCGACUGAGCUCUGCGGGAGCCCUCGAGCACUCAGUCACUCCAUCGCAGCAGCCUCGGGACUCGAGGACUUGUGGUCCCCGAAGGAGGAAGCGCACGGCCGACCCGGACUGGACAGUUGCCACCGCCGCGCCGCGGGGCGCGCCUUACCUGUUGAUCUUGAGCGCAAAGGCGCGGCGCUCUGCGCUGGGCAGCGUGGCCAUGUCCCUCCCGAGGCUCGGUGACUUCUAGGAUGGCGAGGUGCAGACAGCGGGGACCCAGCGCGCCGCACAGCCGCUGCAGCGCAUGCCGAGCCGGCCGCGAGCCUCAUCUGUCAGCCGGCCAGGGAAACUUCCGCAUUUCCACCUUCGCCGCUGAAAUCACCCCAGGGGAGGGCCCAAACACCGCCACCCGGCGCAGCCACCCACUCGGCCUGGCACGCAGGGAGGGAGCAGCGGGCGGCGAGGGUGGGGACACCGCGCGGAACUGCCCUCCGGAUGCUCGGAGCCACCGAUGCGCGCUCUUCCCGGGAGGCUGACCUCAGGCAGAAAGGAGCGCGGGCGGAUGACCCGCGACCACGGAGCGCAGGCCGGAAACUCCAUCUGCCCGGAGCCGCCAGGCUUCCAGGGAAUGCUUGCAAGCUGGGGGUUUGGGGGAGGGGGAGCCCGCGCCCUAAGCCGCCGCACAGAGUUGGCUAG